CUCCCUCUCAGUCCGGUAUAGAUUGUGAGGGAAGCUCUGCAGCUCCAUCAGUCAGCAGCUCAGCAACUUCUGCACCUCAAGACCUUCAGACUCCAGCAGCAGCAGCAGCAGCAGCAGGUUUCCUUCAGGUCCUCCUCCAGCAGCAGCAGCAGCAUCAACAUCAGCAUCCAUCACAUCCAACGUCCAGAGAACUUGAGACCCUGAGAUCCUGAGAUCCUGAGACCCACCAUGGUCGUCUCCACGUUCCUCCGUCCCUGUGUCCUCCUGCUCUUCACCGCUGGGAUUCUACUGAUGUCCAUCUCCUCCGCUCAGAGUAUCAGAGUGAGAAGACAGAAUAUGAAGGUCCGGAUCAAUGCCACCGGUGACACCAUCGUUCUGAAGUUCGUCAAACCCAACCCCGACACCAAGCUGGAAGGCUACAUCCUGGGUUACGGUUCCAGCAUGUUCUCCAAGCAGUUCAUUCAGCUGCCCGAGAACGGAAAACCCUACGAGACAGAGAUCGAUGCUGAACCGAAGUACCUGGUUGCCGUCCAGCCAAUCCCAACCAACGACGUCAAGAAGCAAUGCACAGGCAAGGUGAACCUCGACAAGCCUCUUCACCUGGUGGUCGGCUCGGUCACGCCCACCUCGGUGCUCCUGUCCUGGGGGACGUUUGUGAAGACCCCGUAUGAAGGAGACAUUAUGAGCGAUUGCCUCGAGGACGGGUACUACACAAUCCGCUACAGAGAAAGGAACAGGAAAUGGAUCUAUCAGACCUGCCCCACCAGCGACACCGUCAUCGACAACCUGAAGCCCAACACGCCCUACGAGUUCGGAGUGAGAUCCAACAAAGACGACCGCGGCGGCGUCUGGAGCAAACCCGUCAUCCACAACACCAACAUGGGAGACAAAAGCCUGCAGAAACCCUACAAACCCAACCGGACCCCCAUCGCCAAGCCUGUGAAGCCCAUCAUGCCGGGACACCGCGCCAUCUUUCCUCCCCGGCUCGCUCUGCACAACAUGACUCAGCCCAGACGCCCCACCCUGAACUCAAACUCCGCCUUUCCUGGAGCUCCAAAGACGUCUUUUGCGCCUCCUCUGGCCCGUCAGGAAACUGCGAUCACUCCUUCCUCCAAUGAGUCCAAAUGGCCUCAGAUUCUUCGCUUGGACUCAGACAGCCAUGCUAGAAAUGUCUCCUCUGUGGCGGGCGGGAAUUCUCCUGCCCUCCCCUUUCUCCUGUCCUCCACCCGAGCCCCUCGUGAUACCACAACAACCACCUCCACCACCACUACUACUGCCACCACAACCACCACCACCACCACAACUACUUCCUCCACCACCACCUCCGCUCAGUCCCCCUCAGACGGCGACCUGAAGCGCGGCCUCUCCCAGACCAAGGCAGCUAAUGCCACUCACAAGCCUCAUAGUUCACCUGGCAAAACGUUUGUGAGACACCCAAGCUUGUCUGUUCCACCCAAAUCCUUCGAUUCAGUUGUAGCAGCGAUUGGCAGAAACCAGACGUCCGCCGGCCGAAACCCUUUCUCUCCCUUCUUUAACGGCAUGCGGUCCCCUUCUUUCCCCAGGGCCAACGACUCGUCCAGCCGAUACGGGGUGAACGGAGAGCAUCAUAAAGGAUUCUCUUUUCCCAAACCAGUCAUGUGGUCCAGAACCAGAAUGGUGAAUAACUCCUUAUCUGAGGAUUUAUCUCCGGAGACUCACCACGACGCCGGACGCUCGCGGGCUCCGGCUGAGGAGCGGUUUUAUGGCUCUCCGGCCCGACCCCCUUUCUCCCCUAAUAAGAAGAUCAAUGUGGUGGGAAAACCAACUGUUCUCGACAAGACGAUUGACCUGAGGCAAGCCACGGUCGUGAAGCCCAAAGCUCCUCCUGCGCCGGUUAAGCCGACCAAACCCAGAACGACGCCUUCCCCUCUGAACGCAACGCGGUUUGAAACGUGGGAGAACUCUUCAGCGUUCAGCUCUGUUCCAGCUUCCAAAAUUGAUGCCAUGGGAAAAGAGCGCUUCAUUGCUCCUCAUGUGGUUUAUAAGACGGAUAAGAAGCCAGACGAGCCGUGCUCCAUCACAACGUCUCUCAGCUACUUCCCUGAAGACGAGGCUGUGGAGACCAACAUCACCAGUCCCCCUCGCACGGCUCCGUCCAACCUCACAGUGGUGACCGUGGAAGGAUGUCCCUCCUUCAUCAUCCUCGACUGGGAGAAGCCUGAUAACGAGACCACAGAAUAUGAGGUCAUCUCCACAACAAAAGGACCCGAUGGUGAAAAAGUGUCGAUCCUGACCACCAACCAAACACACACUGCAGUGGAGAACCUCAAACCAGAGAGCAGUUACGAGUUCAAGGUCAAGCCGAAGAACGAACUCGGAGAGGGACCAUCCAGUGAACCAGUGUCCUUCAGCACAGAGUCUGCGGAUCCCAGAGUGAGCGAGAACGUUUCAGGUAAGGAUGCCAUCUGGACGCAGUUCCCUUUCAAGACCGACUCGCACUCUGAGUGCAACGGUAAGCAGUAUGUGAAGAGGACGUGGUACCGCAAGUUCGUCGGCAUCCAGCUUUGCAACUCGCUGAGAUACAAGAUCUACCUAAGCGACUCUCUCAAUGGUAAAUUCUACAAUAUCGGGGAUCAGACGGGUCACGGAGAAGACCACUGUCAGUUUGUGGACUCAUUCUUGGACGGAAGAACUGGAACACAGCAGCCUGCAGACCAGCUCCCAGCCAGGACAGGUUUCUACAGAGCUGUGAGGCAAGAGCCAGUUCAUUUCGGCCCGAUAGGCGGAAACUCCCACAUCACUUACGUGGCGUGGUACGAGUGCGGCACACCCAUCCCAGGCAAAUGGUAGGAUGCAGAAUCCUGAAGCGCAGCUGUCAUUGGCUGGGGAAGGUCACAUGCUGUUUUUUUUUUCUUAUUUUUAUUUCGUCUGGUCUGGUUGUUUUUUUUUUGUUUUUUUUCUUGUUCCACCAAUGGCUUGGUGUCGUGUGAUACCUCAACUUCCCGCAACUUCAGCAAGUCCGAACCGUGUAUAAUAGUGUACAGGAUCAAAGAGUCAGGGACUUUUAAUGAGUGCAUUUGUGUUAUGUAUUAACCAACCGUGCCUCGCUGUUUUAUUUAUCAUUACUAAGUACGAGUUUUUUUAAGGGCGAAACGAGAAACGAGAAGCGGAAAAAAACGAGAACGAAAAACCGGAGAACUUUUUUUUUUUUUUUUUUUUUUUUUUUUUCAGAUACCUUGAAGUUACGAACAUAUUACAGAAAAAGACGUACGUUAUUUUUCUUUGCUUUAAGUACUGGGAAGCUGGCUCCCAGAAAGUAUUUUGUCGUUUUUGUUUUAAUAUUAUUUAUCACAGUUCAUGGUGCCUUGUGUUUGUUGGCUUGCCGGGGAGCGAGUGGCGUCUGGAUUUUAGAGUUCAGAAUAAUUCAGUUUAACUUCAGGUCUCUUCAGGCGAAUUCAUGUACAGUAGGGCUGCACGAUAUAUAGAAGAAGUAGAUACACAGCGCUGUCUCUGUGUCUGUGUGAGUGACAGGCUGCUGCUGCCUGAGAAAUGCAAGGGAGAGGGGGAGGGGAAAUUGGCGUAAACACAAGGUAACCGCACGCAUGGCCUCCAUCAUCCACAUGGUUGGGCACGUGCUCGUAAACGUGCAUGUGCACGUGUGGAAAGCUGUGCUCCUCAGUCCAGCACAGUUUUGCUGAAAUACAGAUAUUUCCAGUUACAGUUGAAUUCAAACUUUUAAUCCCAGAAAAACUCUUAAAAAUUCUUAUUUACCUUUUAAAAAGCCAUUUAAAUGCUGAUUAAAGGAUCGAUUACUGUUGUUUUGCUGUUUUCUCGGGUUUUGAGUUGAGCUCGGCGCUGACUCAGCUCUUGAUUGGUCCAGGCGUGAGACACAGUGCGAAUGGGAGACACAGUGCGAAUGGGGGCGGGGCUGGUGACGUCGUGGUCCCUGCAUUGUUUAAUAUCGUGAUAUAUAUCGUCAAAAAAUCCAAUAUCGUGCAGCUCUAGUGUACAGUCUGAAACAAUGUGUUGGGUUCUCACUCUCUGAAUUCGAAGUGAUUUUCGAUGGGAUUUUGAUAGGAUGCAACAAGUGUUCGUGUUUACAACAGAAUAGUGAGAAAAUAUGUACAUUUAUUCAUCCAUUCAUUUCAAUGCUCACUCAACCCAUUCACUUAUUCAUUCACUCAUUCAUUCACACAUUUACUCACACACAUUCUACUCAUAAUGAAGCAGAAAGAAACCCUCAGUCGUUUUCUACCGCGUUUAUCGUCCUCCUUCGUAAGCCCUGCUAUACCAGGUGGGACCUUACACUUGCAAUUUGCACAGCAUAAAUAUAUUUAUAUGUAUAUGGAGAGAAAGUAUUUUUUGUUUCAGUAAAAUGUGUAUGCAAGAAAAAAAAAAAAAAGGUCUCUCUUCAAACUCGAGAUCCACUGAAAGCAACAGAAAGUUUCGUUUGGUUCUGUUUUUUUGUUGUUUUUUUACAGUGUUUUCUAGUAUGUUUUGGGAAGUAUGUUUUGUACAGUUAUUCUCUGCCUUAUUCUCCCAGACAGAGGAAAAUUACUCAAUAAAUAUAUAUUAUGGAGCUGUUUGUAAGAUGAAAUUACUGUUUGUUCUGGACGCAAACCGUCCUUUUUCAUAUGUAUUUUUUUGCCAUAAUAAAAUGAUGAUUCCCUUUUUUAAUAAAA